AUGGUGCUCUCUCCUCGAAUAAUAAAAUGGCUUGUGGCCCGAGCACGAGCCGGAGCCCCAGCAGUGUGCCAGAAAUUUCAACCCCAACGGGAGCCCAGCCUGGAGAACAGAAGAGAAGUGCGCUGCGCUGCGCGGCGGUGGGUUGGAUUCCUCUUCGACCCCUGGGGCGAGGAUGUCGCCAGGCUGCAGCUGUUCCAGCUCUUCGAGGGACCGCAGACGGGACUCUGGACUCUCUCUCCCCUGCAUUCGCAUGCAUCCGCUUGGCUGGGAACCAGUCAAACUUUUAUGGCCCCUCCUCAAGGUUUGAGCAGCGUCGUAAAGACCCAAACCUAUGUGGCCUGUCCCUUAAAUAUUAUCGGCAUAAUCAGCAUUAUAGUAUAGUAGACAGUGGGCAUAGAUAGAUUUAGCUUGGCUUUUACUAUGCAUCUGUGCAUUUUAUUUAUUAAUUAAUAACAGGCAUCCUUGUGUCCCCGACUAACUGACCGCCUGACUAAGCCGCAGAUCAACUCAACGAACAGCUUAGUUUUUCCAACAAAGUCUCCCACUAAGAACGACCAUCCGCAGCAGGGGUCUCGUAUUUUGAAUUGUGAGAACACAAUUCGAUUCCGAAGAUAGUUCAACCAAUUGCUCAUUUUUGUGUUGCUUAGUUCCGAAAUAACUCAGUAUUGUUUAAUGAAAAUUGGUCCGCUGUAUCGUACAACUUAGAAGCGAUAGAAACGAAACAUAGAAGUGUGGUGGAGAAAGAGGAGGCAGGGUGAGAGAGUGUAAAAUGGGAAACACACACAUUUCUUGGAGAUAUUUAUAUAGGGGAUGGUCGCACGACGAGGGUACAGGUAUACAAGGUAAGGGUAAGACAAUACAACUACACCGAAAAGCAUAAUAAGUAGUUCGAACGGCUCUCUCCACUGCU